UUCUACACGCUCUGAAUCAUUUUUGCCGGAGACCUCGUCAAGAAAUGACUCUGUAUUUCACGUUUCUUCUGCCGCUGCUGAUCAGCUUUGCUAUUGGACAGCAAUAUGGCCAUCAGUUGCAACCUGCCCGCAAUCCAAGCCAGAGUGGAACGGAGAAAUUCCCCUGGGUGGUGGCUGUGCUGAACAAAGACGAUUUGAUAACUGUGUACAUAGGAUCGGGAUCUCUGAUUAAACCCAAUGUGGUGCUCACUGCCGUUCAUAUCCUGAACGAUAUACCGAAAAGUGAACUUCUAGUGCGCGCUGGCGAGAGGGAUAGAUCCACGCCGCAGGAUCAGCAGCACGUGGAUCUUAAGGUCCUGACGGUAGUUCGACACGAACAGUUCAACAAGUACAGCGCGGAAAACAACGUGGCCCUGCUCAUUUUGGAAUCAGAAGUUGAGAUAACUAGGAACAUCCAAACGAUUGCCCUGUACGCAAAUGGAGCUCAAAUCCAAGCGAAAUCCUGCUUCUUCAACGGCUGGGGCAAGGAGAAGUGGGACUCGGAGGAUUAUCCCACCAUCAUUAAGAAAACCGAAAUAGAUAUAAUCGAACGUAACUCCUGCCAGCGACAAUUGGGUCGGCCGAUAAGCUAUCUUCAGUUUUGUGCCGCUGGCCUGCUGGGAAAGGACUGCAGUGGCGACGGCGGAGCUCCGGUGGUUUGUAGAACAAUUGCAAAUCCCUCAGGCCUCGUGCAGGUGGGCGUGGUCAACUGGGGAUCUCGCAAGCCCGGCGAUAACAAACCCGCCAUCUUCACGGAUGUGUACAGCCUGCGAGGCUGGAUUGAUUACCAGCUUAGAUUACCAACGAAUUUCGCUGCCAAAUAGAUUGUAACAAAGAAGUAGCUUUAGUAACAAUCUUCAGUUGAAUGAGGAACAAAUAAAUUUUCUGUGUGAGAAAUACAA